UGAAGUAAUACCUUCUAACCAACUACUUACAAGUUCUAUUCUGCCAGCAAUAUUAAGUGGAGCUCUUUUUACACCAGGGAAACCAAAUUUACCACUUUAAUCCUCGUCCAUGCCCUGUCCCUGAUCUUUGUCUCUGUUCUGCACUCCUGAUCUUCUAACUCACCGAUACGAAGCCAGAAAGCCCAUCACCACCCAUUUCACCUCUUCCGCCUCCCCUCCCUCCCCCCCGCCUCGAUCUCAUUAUAUUACUCUUCCAAUUUCUCCCUCCUAUCGCUAGGCCCCAAUUGACUCACCUCGUUUUGCUUUUCUUUUUCCAUUCCAUCCAAGCUCUUUCGAGAUUCGAUCUGAGAACAAGAAAAGCGGGGCAGACAUCUCCUAGCUCUCCUAGCUUUCCUAGCUUCUCUCCAACUCAAGCUCCAGCUCUCUCUCAUAAUUUCACAUUGAGUGUCACUCGUCAUGACUAGUGAUAAUUCUUCACAAGGCGAUUCCCGCCUGUUGAUCGUUUCCAACCGUAUCCCGGUCACCAUUCGACGAUCUGCCGGGGGCAAAUAUGAAUUUUCCAUGUCCUCGGGAGGAUUGGUGACGGGAUUGAGUGGGCUCUCCAAGGCAACAAAGUUCCAGUGGUAUGGCUGGCCGGGACUGGAAGUGCCUGAGGAUGAGAUCGAAUCGGUGACAGCGCGACUGUCCGACGAGUUCAAUGCGACUCCAGUGUUCAUGGACGACAAAUUGGCGGAUCGUCACUACAAUGGCUUCUCCAACUCUAUUCUGUGGCCCUUGCUGCACUACCACCCCGGUGAAAUUGUGUUCGACGAAGCAGCCUGGGAUGCCUAUCGUGAGGCGAACCGGCUCUUCGCUCGGACCAUCGCGCGUGAGGCUCGCGACGGGGACAUGGUUUGGGUCCACGACUACCACCUUAUGCUCCUACCGGAAUAUCUCCGGGAGGAGCUUCAGGAGUUGGGCAAGAAGAAUAUCCGAAUCGGAUUCUUCCUGCAUACGCCCUUCCCCAGUAGCGAGAUUUACCGCAUCCUCCCCGUGCGGAGUCAACUCUUGCGCGGCGUGCUGCAGUGUGAUUUGAUCGGAUUCCACACUUAUGAUUACGCGCGCCACUUCUUGAGCUGUUGCUCGCAUAUCCUGGGAUUGGUCACUACUCCGAGCAGCGUGGAAUUCAAGGACAGAUCGGUCGCUGUCGGGGCAUUCCCCAUUGGCAUUGAUCCCGACAAGUUCACCGAAGGUCUCCAGAGUCCCAAGGUGCAGAACCGGAUCGCCAGCCUGGAAAGCAAGUUCGAGGGCACCAAGCUGAUGGUCAGCGUUGACCGUCUCGACUAUAUCAAAGGUAUUCCUCAGAAGCUGCAUGCUUUGGAGGUCUUCCUCUCCCAGCACCCUGAAUGGGUGGGCAAGGUCGUGCUGGUUCAGGUCGCCGUACCGAGUCGACAGGAUGUCGAAGAGUAUCAGAACCUGCGGGCGGUGGUUAACGAGCUGGUCGGAAGAAUCAACGGCAAAUUCGGAACGGUGGAUUACAUGCCCAUCCACUUCAUGCACAAGUCGGUCAGUUUCGACGAACUGAUUGCGUUGUACGCUGCCUCGGACGCGUGUGUGGUGUCGUCGACUCGCGACGGAAUGAACCUCGUUUCAUUCGAGUAUGUCGCAACCCAGCAGAAGCGCAAGGGCGUGUUGAUUCUCUCCGAAUUCGCCGGUGCCGCGCAGAGUCUUAACGGAAGUAUCGUCGUCAACCCGUGGAACACGGAGGAGCUUGCCAACGCAUACCACGAAGCGGUCUCGAUGACCGAUGAUCUGCGUGCGCAGAAGUUUGAGAAGCUCUACAAGUACAUUUCCAAGUACACGAGUGCAUUCUGGGGCAAGUCUUUUGUCUCCGAACUAUCCAAGUACCCGGUCGGAGCUACGGAUGCAUCGUGAAUGAACUAUUGUCAAUUGGACUAUCCCCCCUGAUGAUCUUUUUGCUCUUCUUUUAUCUCUUUCUUUUCGGUGAAUACGGGCAUGAACUUUUUUGCUUUCGACCCAGGCGCACAAGUGAGCAGUCAACGAUUAUGUUUGAUAGAUUACCAGUAACAGCAGCCCCUCAUCAUUGCAAAGCACAUGACAUAGCAUUGAAUAUAGGACAGGAAAGGGAAU